UACCAUAUUCGUUAGCUAAAGUUGACGCCGACACAUGACGAGUUCCAGAACAGAGGCCCCUCACCAUCCACCAUGUUCAGCUCAAAUCUGAGAACCCCCCUCUCAAACCCACGCUUUUCAAUCUUUGAAGAAGGUUUCUUAGCUCAUUCAUGGCGGAUUUCUGGUCUCUGGGGUCUCCUUCUCUCCCGGCUUUCGCUUAAUCUUCAUGCCCGUGGCUUUCUCAAGCUCUGUUUCGAGUGGUUUCACUGUCUGACUUUUGUUCCCAGGCCAAUGAAGAAGUAGAAAACGAGGUUUAUUUAUGUAACUCCUGGACGGUAGUCACGGUACUUUUGAUUGACUUCAGCUGAAGCUCUGGAGUGGAACGAUCAAUGCGUUUCCAGGAUUUAUUGUUACUCUUUCUAGCAUUAUUUCCCACAGUUCUAACACAAACUGUUGAUCAUGCUUCAAUUGUGAUUGACACGACCAAAAAGAUUGGAGAUACGGACGCUAAUUAUAUAUGUGCUACACUUGAUUGGUGGUCUCAUGAAAAGUGUAACUACAACAAAUGCCCUUGGGGUUAUUCAUCCGUGACAAACCUGGAUUUAUCUCACCCGUUUUUGGAAAAUGCUAUUAAAGCUUUCAAGGGCUUGCGGUUGCGACUUGGAGGUUCAUUGCAAGACCAAGUUCUUUAUGAUGUGGGCAAUUUGAAGGCUCCCUGCCAUCCCUUUAGAAAGCAGAAGGAUGGGCUGUUUGGAUUUUCUAAGGGAUGCCUACAUAUGUAUAGGUGGGAUGAACUAAACCGCUUGUUCAAGAAGACAGGGUAACAUAUUCCCUUUCACUGUUCUUUCUUUAGUUAUAUGGUGUUAACACAAUGCUCUGUGUAUCAAAAUCUUACAUCUCAUUUAUAACUUGUAGAGUACAUGGCAAUGAGCUAUGUGGUCCAGGUGUUGGUGCAAGUGUUGAUGCAAAACUGUAUGCAAAAGAUACGAUCAGACUACGUUCUCUCAUACAUCAACUGUAUGAGAACAUCCACUUGAAACCUCUUAUAUUGGCACCGGGAGGCUUUUAUGAUAAGUUGUGGUUCGAACAGUUCCUUGAUGCUUCAGGGCCAUCCACUGUCAAUGCCUUGACUCAUCAUAUAUACAAUCUUGGACCAGGAUCUGACACCAAUCUUACGAGCAAAAUUCUAAAUCCCAAUUACCUAAAUAAGAUAUCAGAUACAUUUCAAAGUCUUUCACAAACCAUUCAAGCAAAUGGUCCUUGGGCUUCAGCUUGGGUUGGAGAAUCUGGCGGUGCAUAUAAUAGUGGUGGUGAGCAUGUGUCAAACACCUUCAUCAACAGUUUUUGGUAUGUGGAUCAGCUUGGGAUGGCAGCCAAAUACAAGACAAAAGUCUAUUGCAGGCAAAGCUUAAUCGGUGGGAACUAUGGGCUCCUUGACACAAACACUUUUGUCCCGAAUCCUGAUUAUUACAGUGCACUUCUUUGGAACCGACUUAUGGGACGAGGAGUGCUUGAUGUUAAAAGCAAUGCCUCACCGUAUUUACGUUCUUACGCACACUGCACUAAAGAAAGAGCUGGUGUAACCCUGCUUUUAAUCAACCUAAGCAAUCAAACAGAGUUCCGUGUUGACAUAAAACCCACUACAAGCACCAGCAUGCAUGCCAAUGUGAGACCAAAUCACAAGAAAAGGUCCUUCCUGCACCGGCUUAAGCAAAUUGUUUCAUGGGUUGGAAGCAAAUCAUUAGAUCUUUCGUUAUCCCGAGAAGAGUACCAUCUAACUCCCAAAAACAAGUACCUUCAAUCCCAAACCGCACUGCUGAACGGAAUCCCAUUGCAACUUACAGAAGAUGGAGACGUCCCGGGCUCUUCGCCAGUCCUUAGAGAUUUGAAGUCUCCUGUCUAUAUACCCCCCUUGUCCAUCAAGUUCAUCGUGUUCCCCAACUUCAAUGCCCCAUCUUGCCCUGAGGUUUGAAGCAUCAUGCUUUUUUUAACAAAUGAUUUGGUAAAUUUAUUAUAGGUCUUCAUUGUAUACCAUAUGUAUCACUGGCUUAUGUUGCAUUCUUAUGACUCUGCAAAUUUUACUUCCCACACAUGAGUGCAUUUGAUUCAUGAAAUAAUGUCAAUAUGAUUUGAUUUUCAAUAAUCAAUAAAGAAAUGAAAAUUGA